AUGGGUUGGGGCGAUAUGAUUACCGAUAACAGCGCUGGGUGUGCCACGCCGCCCCGGUCCGGUCCGCACAAGCGAUGGGCGGGCUACGAAUUCGAGUUGUGGGAUGGGAACGAAGGGUCAUCGUCAUCUUGCCCGGAUGAGACGUCCCCGACGACUUCGUUCUUGGAUGGCCAGAGUUGGGAUGGGAAUGGUUACGCUUUGGAUAACAGGGUUCGGGGGCGGCGGGCGGCGGACCGGGUUGGGAGCGGGGGAGUCCAACCGGGCUCGGGAUCUGGGGCUGGGGUCGGAGAAGGGCCGUCGGCGCAGCCACCGAUUUCUCCGUCCAAUCCAUUCUCAAGGAUGCAGUUGCAGGAUAGCCUUGGUCCUCCUGGCUUGACAUCCGUCAGUGAGGAAUGCGGGGGUUGGGCGGAGGGCGGGAUCAUGUUUCCACCGUUAUUGGGUGAGAAUGAUGAUAUUUUUGGCAUGGAUACGGAUUUUGAGUUUGCAACUACUUUGGCGGAUGAGGAUAUGGCGCGAUUGCCAGCGCUAGGUAUGAUAUGGCAUAUCCAUCUAGCACUAACGCCUUGGCUUAUGGCGGUGGGAUUCGGCUAAUGAAAAUUUGGUCUAGUUAUUCCGGACUUUACCCCCGAUGGCGGAUUCGGCAAGCAAAAGGGCGGGCCUGUGCCUUCCCCUUCUCCUUCGCCGGACUUUCGGGUGAAAAGGCGACAUACUGACGGCGGUGAAGCCGAUAGAACUUCCUGGCAUGUAGAAUCACCUUCAGCGUUUCCAGAGACGAAGUGUCACCUCCUAGGAGUUGGACCCAGCGCUCAUAGCGCAAGCUUUCUGUUACCGUCCUUUUCACCAUACCCAGUCCUUUCAACAGGGACAACACCCACCCCGCCGUUAAGUGAGGGCGGAGGAGGUCUAAUCCGGAGGACUUCCUCCAAACGUCGACGCAGUGAAUGGCGCUCGUCAAACAGGUGCGCAUUCUGCACGAUUCCCGAAAGGCCGAGGGCCAACCAGAAGUUGUUCCUACAGGACCUUCCCUGUCAGUUACUUCUCCUAAUAUUCGAGUUCGCUUUCAUCUCACCGACAAAGUUCCCCAAGUGCGAGCACUGCCGCAGCCCAUCAGCAGGGCAUGCAUCCCGAAGGGCAACAGCCCCGAGCUUAACGAGCCCCGAACCCCAGCCAGCAAGACCACAGUCGAGUGGUCAGGAUGGGACUGCGGUGGCAGCAGGGUCCUCGGUGGUGAAGCUGGACGAGUCUGAUCCCCCGCGAUUGCCCGAUCACCUGAGGAUUUACAGUGCAAAGACUCUGCUAUAUAUCGCUUUAACAUGCACCCUCUUCAACGAUAUUCUCCUGGAUAGUUAUAUUGACGCCACGUUCUGGCGCUCAGCAGCACGUGCUUGUUGGAGUUGGUUGCCGGAGAAACUCUGUGACGUACAGGGCCGAGAGGAGUCUCAUCAGACUAGCUGGCGGAACCUGGUCGGGGUGUUUAUGCGCAGUGAGAACGGGUUGAUUAAGCAAAAGGGCGGUGGGAAGGGCGGUGUCGAGUCGUUUGGUGGGAAUAAGGGGUGCGUGUCCGCUACAUUAUGGAAAGAUGAGCGGGCGAGAAGAGCAGUGGUAAAUGGCCAAGGGAAGAGGAGGAAGAAAUUAUUACUUGUUUGUGCUCAACCGGGGCCAGAUCAGCUUCAUGCUUUCCCUGACAAGGAGGGAGGGUAUACACUUUGUUUGAGCCUUAGGGCUGGGGAAGAUUAUUUCGUCACCUUGGACGAGUAUGGGACGUUCGGAAACAAGCCUGCUCGGCGGCCCGGAGGCUUGAAGAGAAGUGUGAGAGGCGUGGAGUAUUUCCCUCCGGAUAUAUAUGAAGUCGAAGGGGAUCGGUAUCAGCUUGUCAGGGUUCGGCGAGGGAGAGAAACGUCCAUCUCCCCGCUCAGCUCUGUUAAAGCCCACCCCCGGCCAGCAGUCAAAGAGAUUGUAACGUGGGAUCUGAAAUGCCUGCCCGAGUAUGUUGCCGAUACCAAGGCAAGUGUUGCUCGGUGCGCCAGCUGGACAGGGAUACUGGUGUUCAACCUAUUCACUCAUGGCGGUGCGGAUGAUGAAGAUGACAUAGAAGCUCUCAUGGACCCUCCGGAGGACCCUCGUAUAUUUUGUGUGGAAUCACUCGGUUAUCCUGGCAGCCACUCGGCUGGUCAGGCCGCCGCGGAGCCUAUGUCGGAGAAGAAGCGGGGCAAAAUGAGAGCGUCGUCAGUCCCACUGCCUGGAGAGCAAGGAACGGUCUACCGCUGGCAACAGCUAUUUACAUAUGACCGUGCAGAAGAAUACCUUCCGACGGUGCACCUGCACUACGUAAUUUGCAACCUGAAGUUGAACAGCACUAAAGCUGUAGUUCUGAUCCGCUGGAACAUCCGAACGACAAAAUCCAACGAGGAGCUAGUCGACCGGGAAUUCAGGGUCGUAGAUCUAAAGACCGGAGAUAUGCUCCGAACAUUAUCCUUUCCGAACCUGUACUGGGACCACCGACACCAUGACAUGAGUGUGGAGUACAACCUCAUGCGGCAUCAAAAGAUGGUAUUGCUUCCAUUUUACCCUAUGAAGGUAAUUCAGCGCUAACUCUGAUCCGUUGCACUAUGCAGAGUAGGCUAUACAAUCACCUGGGUCCCGACGAAUCCAUGGGCGCUGGCAACCGCUGCACCCGUAUCCAUAAUGACGCCUUCGCAUUGACAGAAACCAAACUGAUCAGCGGUUCGCACGACUACUGCAACUGGGUCUGGGACCUAACCACUAUUGACUCCCCACCACCGCCGCCCCCAAACCCCCCACUGGUUUUCACAGCAAGCCGGAACGACGCAGGCCUGCACGACCCAUUCAUAGUUCUCGACGACUUCUACUGGUCCUCAGCGCCAGAGCCCGGCAAGAAACUUUGGAACACCAGUAACGAGCGCGCCGGGUGGUGGGUGCGCACGCCAAACCAGGUCCUAUGCUUCUGGCACAACAUCUCCGUCUCCCCCGGGGGUCGCUUCUUCGCUGCCUGCCGGACCGGCAAAUUGUUUGUGUGGGAUCUGUUCGACGAGGGGAAUAACAAGGUUGUGGGGUUCACGAAUGUUCCCUCUGGAGCACCAGCGUCUACGCGUUGGCUGGGGCGUCUAUCUGAACGCGCGAGCAGUCUCAAGCACUCACUCAGGAACUGGUUCGUCUGGGAGAACGUCCUGCCGGAACAGGGUCUCUGGCUCCUCUACGACGAUCUCAAUACUGUCUAUCUCGACCGCGAGGAUAUUCUUUCAGCGGCUGGGUUGGAUAAACGUGGGGAAUGGGCGUUCCAAAGGGAGGACUUCACAAUGUCUGAGGAUGAGGACGAACAUCAUCAACACCAACACGUCCAUGGACGGCGGCGUAGGCCAGAAUUUGAUGCCGAUUGCAGUGAAGGCGAUGACUAUGAAGACUACUAUGAGACAUCUUCCGACUUUGAUGAGGAGGGGGAGGAACGCGAGGCGGAAGCCAGGAAGAAACGGCGUACCGAGGAGUGGGACGGGAUGUGGAGUUUUGAGGCAGAGAAAGAUUUGACGUUUGUGUGAUUUUACUCUUCUUGGUAUCCGCUGGUUUGAUUGGUAGGGUCACGAUUAAUGAAUUGACUUCGGGAGUUUCGAGAGUUUUCUUCCCUUUGAUAUCGUAUGAUAGUUGGGAGUGAUUCCAGAUGACGUGAGAUUCUGCGAUUUCUCUCUAUUUUCUUUUUUUCUGUCAAGGUUCCAAACGCCACAGGUAAUCGGCUAAAAUAGGCAAGAUUUGGGGAGAUUAUUGAG